AUGAUCAGUCCUCAAGGAAUUGUGGAGCCAAAUGCUGUCACCAAUCUCACUGUCUCUAUCAAAACCACAUCAUCUGUGUCUCUAACCUGGAAUGAGCCACCUGGGAACAGGUCCUACUUUACAGUAAAUUGGACUGGUGGCAGUGUGAAUAUCAGCAGUAACACUUCAAACACGUCUUACACUGUCACUGGUCUGACUGCUGGAGUGAAGUACACAUUCACUGUUACUGCAGUUGCUGCAGAUGGAACUACAGGAGCACCAACUCAAACCUCAGCAUUCACAAAGCCAAAUGCUGUCACCAAUCUCACUGUCUCUAUCAAAACCACAUCAUCUGUGUCUCUAACCUGGAAUGAGCCACCUGGGAACAGGUCCUACUUUACAGUAAAUUGGACUGGUGGCAGUGUGAAUAUCAGCAGUAACACUUCAAACACGUCUUACACUGUCACUGGUCUGACUGCUGGAGUGAAGUACACAUUCACUGUUACUGCAGUUGCUGCAGAUGGAACUACAGGAGCACCAACUCAAAUCUCAGCAUUCACAAAGCCAAAUGCUGUCGCCAAUCUCACUGUCUCUAUCAAAACCACAUCAUCUGUGUCUCUAACCUGGAAUGAGCCACCUGGGAACAGGUCCUACUUUACAGUAAAUUGGACUGGUGGCAGUGUGAAUAACAGCAGUAACACUUCAAACACGUCUUACACUGUCACUGGUCUGACUGCUGGAGUGAACUACACAUUCACUGUUACUGCAGUUGCUGCAGAUGGACAAACUGCAGGAGCACCAACUCAAACCUCAGCAUUCACAAAGCCAAAUGCUGUCACCAAUCUCACUGUCUCUAUCAAAACCACAUCAUCUGUGUCUCUAACCUGGAAUGAGCCACCUGGGAACAGGUCCUACUUUACAGUAAAUUGGACUGGUGGCAGUGUGAAUAUCAGCAGUAACACUUCAAACACGUCUUACACUGUCACUGGUCUGACUGCUGGAGUGAAGUACACAUUCACUGUUACUGCAGUUGCUGCAGAUGGAACUACAGGAGCACCAACUCAAACCUCAGCAUUCACAAAGCCAAAUGCUGUCGCCAAUCUCACUGUCUCUAUCAAAACCACAUCAUCUGUGUCUCUAACCUGGAAUGAGCCACCCGGGAACAGGUCCUACUUUACAGUAAAUUGGACUGGUGGCAGUGUGAAUAACAGCAGUAACACUUCAAACACGUCUUACACUGUCACUGGUCUGACUGCUGGAGUGAAGUACACAUUCACUGUUACUGCAGUUGCUGCAGAUGGACAAACUGCAGGAGCACCAACUCAAAUCUCAGCAUUCACAAAGCCAAAUGCUGUCGCCAAUCUCACUGUCUCUAUCAAAACCACAUCAUCUGUGUCUCUAACCUGGAAUGAGCCACCUGGGAACAGGUCCUACUUUACAGUAAAUUGGACUGGUGGCAGUGUGAAUAACAGCAGUAACACUUCAAACACGUCUUACACUGUCACUGGUCUGACUGCUGGAGUGAACUACACAUUCACUGUUACUGCAGUUGCUGCAGAUGGACAAACUGCAGGAGCACCAACUCAAACCUCAGCAUUCACAAAGCCAAAUGCUGUCGCCAAUCUCACUGUCUCUAUCAAAACCACAUCAUCUGUGUCUCUAACCUGGAAUGAGCCACCCGGGAACAGGUCCUACUUUACAGUAAAUUGGACUGGUGGCAGUGUGAAUAACAGCAGUAACACUUCAAACACGUCUUACACUGUCACUGGUCUGACUGCUGGAGUGAAGUACACAUUCACUGUUACUGCAGUUGCUGCAGAUGGACAAACUGCAGGAGCACCAACUCAAAUCUCAGCAUUCACAAAGCCAAAUGCUGUCGCCAAUCUCACUGUCUCUAUCAAAACCACAUCAUCUGUGUCUCUAACCUGGAAUGAGCCACCUGGGAACAGGUCCUACUUUACAGUAAAUUGGACUGGUGGCAGUGUGAAUAACAGCAGUAACACUUCAAACACGUCUUACACUGUCACUGGUCUGACUGCUGGAGUGAACUACACAUUCACUGUUACUGCAGUUGCUGCAGAUGGACAAACUGCAGGAGCACCAACUCAAAUCUCAGCAUUCACAAAGCCAAAUGCUGUCACCAAUCUCACUGUCUCUAUCAAAACCACAUCAUCUGUGUCUCUAACCUGGAAUGAGCCACCUGGGAACAGGUCCUACUUUACAGUAAAUUGGACUGGUGGCAGUGUGAAUAUCAGCAGUAACACUUCAAACACGUCUUACACUGUCACUGGUCUGACUGCUGGAGUGAAGUACACAUUCACUGUUACUGCAGUUGCUGCAGAUGGAACUACAGGAGCACGAACUCAAACCUCAGCAUUCACAAAGCCAAAUGCUGUCGCCAAUCUCACUGUCUCUAUCAAAACCACAUCAUCUGUGUCUCUAACCUGGAAUGAGCCACCCGGGAACAGGUCCUACUUUACAGUAAAUUGGACUGGUGGCAGUGUGAAUAACAGCAGUAACACUUCAAACACGUCUUACACUGUCACUGGUCUGACUGCUGGAGUGAAGUACACAUUCACUGUUACUGCAGUUGCUGCAGAUGGACAAACUGCAGGAGCACCAACUCAAAUCUCAGCAUUCACAAAGCCAAAUGCUGUCGCCAAUCUCACUGUCUCUAUCAAAACCACAUCAUCUGUGUCUCUAACCUGGAAUGAGCCACCUGGGAACAGGUCCUACUUUACAGUAAAUUGGACUGGUGGCAGUGUGAAUAACAGCAGUAACACUUCAAGCACGUCUUACACUGUCACUGGUCUGACUGCUGGAGUGAACUACACAUUCACUGUUACUGCAGUUGCUGCAGAUGGACAAACUGCAGGAGCACCAACUCAAAUCUCAGCAUUCACAAAGCCAAAUGCUGUCACCAAUCUCACUGUCUCUAUCAAAACCACAUCAUCUGUGUCUCUAACCUGGAAUGAGCCACCUGGGAACAGGUCCUACUUUACAGUAAAUUGGACUGGUGGCAGUGUGAAUAUCAGCAGUAACACUUCAAACACGUCUUACACUGUCACUGGUCUGACUGCUGGAGUGAAGUACACAUUCACUGUUACUGCAGUUGCUGCAGAUGGAACUACAGGAGCACCAACUCAAACCUCAGCAUUCACAAAGCCAAAUGCUGUCGCCAAUCUCACUGUCUCUAUCAAAACCACAUCAUCUGUGUCUCUAACCUGGAAUGAGCCACCCGGGAACAGGUCCUACUUUACAGUAAAUUGGACUGGUGGCAGUGUGAAUAACAGCAGUAACACUUCAAACACGUCUUACACUGUCACUGGUCUGACUGCUGGAGUGAAGUACACAUUCACUGUUACUGCAGUUGCUGCAGAUGGACAAACUGCAGGAGCACCAACUCAAAUCUCAGCAUUCACAAAGCCAAAUGCUGUCGCCAAUCUCACUGUCUCUAUCAAAACCACAUCAUCUGUGUCUCUAACCUGGAAUGAGCCACCUGGGAACAGGUCCUACUUUACAGUAAAUUGGACUGGUGGCAGUGUGAAUAACAGCAGUAACACUUCAAACACGUCUUACACUGUCACUGGUCUGACUGCUGGAGUGAACUACACAUUCACUGUUACUGCAGUUGCUGCAGAUGGACAAACUGCAGGAGCACCAACUCAAAUCUCAGCAUUCACAAAGCCAAAUGCUGUCACCAAUCUCACUGUCUCUAUCAAAACCACAUCAUCUGUGUCUCUAACCUGGAAUGAGCCACCUGGGAACAAGUCCUACUUUACAGUAAAUUGGACUGAUGGCAGUGUGAAUAACAGCAGUAACACUUCAAACACGUCUUACACUGUCACUGGUCUGACUGCUGGAGUGAACUACACAUUCACUGUUACUGCAGUUGCUGCAGAUGGACAAACUGCAGGAGCACCAACUCAAACCUCAGCCUUCACAAGUAAAUCUUGUACUGCUGAUACAGACAGCCUUAUUCAUUAG